AUAAGAUGAUACCAGUUGAAGCCAUAACAUUUUAGCUAAUCACCUGUUAUCGAUGUUAAGAGUGAGGAUAACCCGGUGCUUAAAAUCAGAUUUCAAGGGUUUUAUUAGUGUUGUUGUUUUUCAACAGUGUUUAUCCUUCUUUACUGCAGUCCAUUAACCAAUUGAGUUGUUUGGCGUAAACACAGAAAAAAUAAAAUUGAAGGAGGAACAGUGACGUGUCAACCUUCGACCCCGUGAGCUCGGUAAUCUCUUUCUUUCUAAGCCGUUGCAGGCCAUAAAGUAUGUGACCUUUGCAUUGGUUAGAUCGGUAACGGACCACUCCAGAACAGUAUCAGUUAGUUGGUUGAUCAGUGAAGAAGGGAAGGUUUCGUCUGUUAAAAUUUAGUGAUCGAAGGUGAAUGAUAAUCGGGCAGUUGCGUGGAUAAUUUAAAGCACUCCUGAAGCACCAGGAGAGUUUUCAGGAUGAAGAUCUGGAUCACCUAUCUUUGUAGCGCACUAAUCGUGUCUGCAAUUUCAGCGAAAUACAAUCCACUAAGAGAUCCUUCAAAAUGCGGUAAUCCAACAUGCGAUGAAGAAAAAGAUGCAAGCGAAAAGUUUCGUUACAUGGUUGGAACUCAACACAAGUACAAAUAUUUCGUGCAGGCAAACACUCUUUUCCAAGGAACUAGCAAAAACGAGUCAAAAUUGUACAUCGAAGCCACCGUUCAAUUAGAGUUUCUAACAAAGUGUGAUGGCCUUCUCAAGGUGUCAGAUGUCAGGUUGAGAGACGAGGCCAUCGUCGAUGCACCAAGAGUCGAGCAAAAUGAGAAUGAAUACGAAUUCGAGGAUGAAGAAAUGGAAUCCGGUUUGCACGAAAACAGCAAUAUGUUUUCUGAAAGCUUGUCCGAAUUUCCACUGCGUUUCGAAUUCCAAGACGGAAUGAUCUCAGAAGUCUGCUCAUAUGACGAAGAGAAACAAUGGGUGAUGAAUUUUAAGAAGGGUCUUCUCUCCAUGAUGCACAACACCAUGAGACGCUUUGACUUGGAUUACGAAACUGACGAGGAAGAUAUUCGAGGAAAAUGUCAGACUUCUUACAAGAUCCUGGGCACAAAUGAGACUAGCUUAAUUGUAGAGAAAACGAAGAACCUUAAUACGUGCAUUGGAAGGUCCAAAUUUCAUUCAAUGGUGCAGUCGACCCCUUACAAUUUUAAAGUGAAUAACCAAGAACAAGGCAGUUUACUUCGUUCGCGUAGUCGAUGUGAAUUAUCAAUUGAUCAUCACAUUUACAAUGAGAUAAACUGCGAGGAAACUCACGUAUUCGAACCAUUCGCUAAUAAAGCUUCUGGUGCAACCACAAUUCUGAGACAAAGAUUGCUAUUGCUUAGCGAGGAACCAGAGACGGUAGAUGAUCAGCCAGAUAUCGAGAGCAGGUUUUCACUGAUUUAUGAUCACGUUCCUACCCCAAAGCCGACAUCAAAGGAAUUGAAGACAUCAAGAGAUCUGAUCAAAAAAUUGUGUCAGCUGAGCACGGAAGAUGUGGAUAUGGUAUUUUCGGAUUUAUUCACAAAGUUUAUUCAUACUUCGAGGAUUUUAUCAUAUCCCGCCAUUUCGGCUCUCUACGGUCAUUCAGCUACACUAUGUCCCACGGGAAAGAAACAUCUUCUAGAAGCACUGCCUUACCUAGGUAGCAAUGCCGCAGUUUCACUCAUGACGGAUGUGAUUUUGAAGGGAGGCUUGCCGGAAGAAACCGUUCGUGAGUGGAUUGUGCAUAUAGCGCUUAUACCAAGACCGGACGCCUCCAUGAUGAAUUCCGUUUCCGAAUUGCUGCAGAGCAGAGAUGAUCCAUCUACCGUGCUGGGAAUUGCGGCAAUUACUUACACCUACUGCAAACAGAACGAGAAUUGCCGUAACGACGAAAAUGUCGAUUCGAUUAUACAGAAAUUCGAAGAACGUAUCACGGAAAUUUACAACGAUCGUCGGUCGGAUCGCGUAACGGAGGAAACGAUACUUGUAACGCUCAAGGCAAUCGCCAACAUCGGCGUAACCAGCGAACAGUUCAAUGAGAAACUUAGGGAUAUGAUUGAAGAUGACACCUUGCAGAUCUCUAUAAGGGUUGCAGCCAUCGAUGCACAUAGGCGCUUUGAUUGCGAGUCAUCUCGCUCGUACUUUGAGCAAAUAUUUCGCAACGAAGUUGAAGAUGUCGAAGUGAGAAUCGCAUCGUAUUUGCAAGUAAUGCGGUGUCCUACUUAUUUGGUCAUGAGAACAAUUAAACAUACUUUGGAACAUGAAGAAGUAAACCAAGUUGGAUCAUUUGUUUGGUCACAUUUACAUAAUUUGUUGAAAUCAUCGAUUCCGAGUCGAGUUGAGAUCCAGGGCAUGCUUUCCGAUGACGACUUGAGCAAAAAGUUCAGCAGUGACAUGCGUAAAUUUUCGCAUAAUUUCGAAGGGUCCGUUUUCUUCGAAGACUACAACGUUGGUGCAAAUUAUGAAAGCAACGUCAUAUUCUCUCCAUCAUCUUAUGUGCCGAAAUCUGCAAUGCUCAAUUUGACUGUGGACUUGUUUGGGGAAUCAGUUAAUAUGUUUGAGGUAUACGGUAGAAUGGAAGGAUUCGAGCACUAUUUGGAAUCGGUUUUUGGAGCAAAAGGACCGUUAAGCACUAAAAAAUUCAGAGAUCAUCUGCCCAUUCCAAUUCCAAAUAUGAGAUGGGCUCGAGACAUUUCGGACGACGAGCAAUUAAAAUCUGAAAUUGAUACAGUGCAGACCGCAAAUCAGAAAAAUCAUGAUGAACCGAAGGUAUCCCUAGGCAUGAAAUUAUUCGGAAACGAGAUCAAGUACGCGACUUUCAAUGGUGACGAAGAGAUAAAGCAGGCACUCGCCGACCUCAACCCUGCUGAUCAUUUGAAACGAAUUCUUUCCGGAAAAGAAAUUAAUUAUAGCAAUUCCGCAAUGUUCCUGGACAGCAGUUAUGUCGUAUCCAGUGGAGCUGGGUUACCAGUAACUUUGAACGCUAUUGGAACGACAUCGAUUAGCAUGCAGCUGAGAGGAUCGCUGAAAGCUAACAAUUUUAUAAAGACGAAAGAAUUGGAACUUGUAGGUAACGUGAAGCCCAGCAUCGUUGUGGAUAUCGUGGGCAGCAUGUCGUUGGACGCGUAUUAUGCUACGACGGGAAUCAAAUUGAAAACAAGCAUGUACACAUCUAGUGCAGUCGAAGGGCACGUCAAAAUUAAAGGUGCCAAGCUAGUGAGCAUUAAAUUCGGCAUUCCCAAAAGAAACAUAGAUAUUUUUGCUGCAAAAUCUGAAUUAUAUGUAAUGAAAGGUAGCGAAGAGAUACAGCAGGAAGGACAAAAAGAAGCGUAUGUGACAGAGUCCGCUUGCUCUUGGCCAGCAGUAGAGAAAACCGUGGGUUUACAGAUGUGCGUCGACUAUCAUUUCUCUAACGUGACACAAGUAAAUAACGCCUCGUACUUUAUAUUGGCUGGGCCGGCCGGCUUCAGGUUGUCUUUGCAAAAGACUGAUCCAACUGCGACCACUUACUUGCUAGAAUACAAAUGGGUAGAGAAGUCCACCGGAAGCUAUGCCAGCAUUACAUUCGAUACUCCAGGCUCAAGUGCGCGACGUGUGCUCUCUGCCAAUCUAACCAUCGACAGUGUAAGUCGCAAUUUGACAGUCCAAUUUCAGUCUACGGAAGGCACAGCUUUAGCACGAGGUAGAUACAAGAACACGGAGAUGGAGAAGUACUUGCAAUUCGCAUUAGAUAUUAACGAGGAGACCAAUUUCGAUAUGCUAGUAUCUCUGGAAAAGCAAGAAAUUCGAAAUGGAUUCAUGUUCCACCCCAGGUGUUACUUGGCAAUUAAAGACGAUCGGAUUGCAGACCUCGAAGGUACAGUCAAACAAAUCACAAAGUCAGGAAUUUCACAGUACGACGUGGAUCUGAAAUUUAAAACAAAAAGAUUGAAUUCUAAACUCUAUGGAUACAUCUCUAGAGAUGACGCGUCUGUCAGCAGCACGUUAAAGUUCACCUACAAAUUUCAAAAUACCAAGGAACACAUUGUCCUCACCGAUUUCUCGCUAUCCAAUCGUUCGACAAAGAACAUAUUCGUUUUACACGGAGAUGCAAAGGUCACAGCUUCCGCAUAUCCAAACUACAACUUCAACUCCACGUUCAGCCUGCAGAGGUCCGGCGGUCACAUCGAAUCCAAAUUUAUAAUAAACUCCAGUCCACAUUUGCUAUCAAACUUGAACGAUGAUCCUGAAAUGCUCACUGUGCAGAUGUUCUUAUCAUACAGGACUCUAACAAAUGGAACUCGAUUUAAGGUAUCCGGCGCUGUAAGCAGACUUUCUACCGAGCUUGAUGUUAAGGGACAACUAUCUUAUGAUGUGAUUGGAUACAGUACAAAUGCGAUGGCACUCGUUCGGUACAACAAGGGCAAAGACAUCGUAAUUACCGUUUAUUGGCAUCAUCCGCGGCAAACCUUAGAGACAAUUGAUGGUCGGUUGAAUGUCACAAUACCUGGUUUCGUACCGAUGGUCCUGGAAGGAAAAUUAAAGGAAAAAAAUUCUGGAGAUUAUGCGAUUGACCUAAGUUGUACUUGGUUCAGCGGACACAGUAUGUCAUCUACAGGAUUAUACCAAGAUAGAAGCACUCCAUUAGCAGCCAAUCAUCAUCUGAAGUUGGUCGUUCGAUCGCCAAGCUUCAAGGACAUAAAUGCAAUUUGUCAUUUUUACCGAAAUAAUACCGAAAUUAUGAUAGAUAUAAAGGCUGAUCAGCAAGAUGAACAAUACGCUUUAUAUUGGAAACACGUUCAGAACUCAAAGAACGAAAUAUUUUCAAUUGGAAGAGUAAUGUAUAAAUCAAAACUUUACUCAAUUACCAGUUCAGUAUCUUUGAAAGAGAAACGACAAAUAAGACUGGAAGUACACAUUGAUCAGAUUCGAGAUAUAUACCUAUCGAUGUGGAUUGAUAACAAGGAGGCUCGCAAAGAGGCCGGUUUAGAAUUGAAGUGGGAUGCUAAUCGUGAUCCGAACCAGAAGCUUGCUGUCACAGUUUAUUACGCGUAUUUAAAACCGUACAACUACGAAGCUAACUUUUACAUUUCGUAUCCAGGGCGAAAUAUAAGGGGUCAAUAUCUUUUCGUCAUAAAUGAGAAUCACUUUUUAACUUUGGCGCAAGUGGCUUGGACUCCAGACGAUGCAUUCUCUGUAAGUUUCGAAGUCAACUAUAAAAAUGGUGCAGAGACUAUGAUAAUGGUUCAGACUGAACUUCUGACGCCCUUCGAUGACUGGAAAAGGACUUCUCUAAGCGGAGGGUAUUUACAUAGCGAAAAUAGUUAUCGGUUGAACGGAAGCAUGCAUUGGCAGCAGAACCAGCAUAUUUCCAUCGAUCUUUUUGCCGAUUAUUUUGCUAAGGAUUCGGUACUCCGGUGUGAAUUUACAGGCUCCCUUGAUAGUACCGUCCGGGAUAUAUCUUCGCUUAGUGCAAGCGUGAAACACAGUCAAAACACUACGAAAGUGGAUUCAGAACUAUACUUGAUGUAUCAACCGAAAGAAAAGAUAGCGCUCACCAGUUCUUGGGAAAUUUUGCAAGACUCGCAUAUGAAAAAUCUAACAGGUGUCGUCACACUUGUGAGUCCGUUCAAAGGAUUCAAUAAAGGACUCCUCGUAAGCAAGUUGUUAGUCACGAAUUCAAGAACGUUACGAGGCGUAGCCAAUUUAGAUUUGGAUCACAGAGAGUUUACAGUGAGCGUGGACGGUAAUUUCCAACGGCUAACCAAAAACAUGCUCGUGUUUAAUAUUACUACACCCAUUGAUAAAUUCAAGAACAUACAUGGUCGCAUUGGUUUAUCUGAAGAGAAUAGGUAUUUGGUCGCGAUGGUCGAUUAUCCAUCGGGAAAGACCGGCGUGGAGAUUCGUUUCCAAGUGGUUUCCUUUUCCGAUCUUGAUAUGAAAUUUAAUUUAGCAACGCCCAUUGAAUUUCUACAGGAAGUCUUAAUCGUAGCUAAAUUAAAACCGGAAAUGGCUGACUUCCGAAUUGGAUGGAAUUCUUUGGUUGCUGGAUUUUCAGGUGUUUGGCACUAUACUGAUAUCAUGAAUUUCGAAUACGCUUACAAAAUUUUCACUCCAAUCGAUGGUUUCAAAGAAAACGGCAUCGUUGCUAAACUUAUAUAUAAGGAAGGUCUAGACAUGGAACUUUCAACUAAGUUUGCUCAAAAUAAGUUGGGAAUGAUUAUUCUUGGAAAACCGAAACCGAAAAUACUGAAGGAAUUAGGAAUAAAAACUCAAGCGAUAUAUAAAAAGAAACUGAAUGUGUUUUCCGGAUUUCUAGUUAAGCAAAAAACAGACAAAGUCGAUGAUGGUGAACAUGAAGAAGAUCCAAUUAACUGGAGCGGAUACAUUGAAUUGAAUACAUUAAUAUAUCCGACUAUGACUGCUGAAAUCGACAUCGAUCAAAAGGGCACUGUGUACGACGUCGGGGCUACUUUAAAAUUACCCGCUGGAAAAGCCGAGUUCAGGGAUGAAUUCGAUUAUAUUGAUCUUCUUAAUAUGAGAAACAAAUUCAACCUGGUCACGCCUUACCCAUGGUUCAAGGAAAUAACAUCUAAUUACGAGUUAAAGAUAUCCAUGGAUAGGGAGUACCUAGUUUCCCUUGAUCUAGAUUAUCUGAAUGGUACGCGAUGGAUAAAGAUGGGUACUCUUGCGCAUUACAUUAGACCAGCCGAUCAAGAAGAUGAUACCGUUUAUAAUAUAACUUUCCAUGUGCACACACCAUUCAAAACUCUCCCUUUGUUGGAUAUAAAUGGAGCUCUAGCCUUAGACGAUAAUACCUACCAUACUAACUUUUCCAUGGUUACAAAUAGCAGUGACAUUGCCUUUGUCGGAGACUUGGAGUUGGAUGACGGUUCGGUGGAAAUGGAAAUUACAAGUCACGCGAUAACUCCGGUUCUGUUAUUCCCAGCGUCGAAAUUGUUUUUGAAAAAAUACAACUCGAGUGAUGAAAAUCGUAUUGAAUGUCAAUAUCUGAUGGUGACCAAUAGGACAAACAAAUUUAAUUUGGUUGCGGUAUGGAAUUACAAGACAAAAACGGAUCUUCGAGUUUAUGUUAACAUGGAAACACCGUUCAAAGGUUUAGAGAAGACUGAAGCAGCAAUCGAGUUACAUGCGAAAGACAGUAGAAACGUAUUAGCUCGAGCCAAACUUGUACUCUUCCCAAUUGAUUUAAAAGCAAAUGCAACUAUUCGCGAUAACGAUCUGCGCUCAAUCAUGUUUGUUGAUUUUAGUGGAAGCAGACACGUAAUGACACUCAAUGGGACAACUAGAGAUGUUGGAAAAGGCAAUCGGGAGCUUACAGGAGUGAUGGCUAUCGACGACAAAAAGCAUAAUAUUACUGCACUUUUGGGCAUUGAAAACGAACUACCAAGUAGCUUACAAUUGAAAAUGACACCACACAAUGGAGGUUCGCCUCUCACCCUUGACUAUAAACUGGUUUCUGGUACAGAAAGCUACAUCAUGACAUCGUCUUUAAAACAAGCUAGCAAUUUCAUGACCUUCAAAGGAAAAGCGACUGUGCGACGAGAAUAUGACUGGGACAUGCACUUAGAAAUAGAGACAUCGCAUCAAAGAUAUAAGACAUUUAUAAUUAACUCUAAAGCUGCUUCGAGCGUGUCUAACAAGAGUAUUGCAAUUGAUGCCAAAACGCCAUUCGAACGUUUAGAAAAUAUUCAAAUGGGAAUUUCCUUUGCACAAUUACCAGAAGAGAGAGAGGCGCGUGGUUUCUACGUUUUAGGAGAUACCAAUGCCAGAUUAUGUACUAGGUGGACUUGGCUGCUAUUCGAAAAUAUGAACGUGAAAUUGAUGGGCAAUUACAAAAGAGCCAAAGAAGAAAGAACUGCAGCAAUAAAUGCUUUCUAUGUGAAUCCAAAUAAAACCUUUAGUUCUGUCCGAGUUGGCGGCAACGUAGACAUUAAUAAUAUAUGGAUAAUGGCAGGAAAUUUGACGUUCGGUCGUCCGGGACCGAAUAAAGUAGACUUAAUAGCAAACAUGCAGUUGCCAAAGCCAAGUUCAGAAUUGCAUACUGUGACUGGAAAAUUCUACCGUUCCAAAGAUUUGUCCGAUAUUGAGUAUCUUGCUAAAUAUAAUACCUUGAAGUCUGCCAAAAACUUCGGAUCCUCGGGCCACCUGAGAUAUCAAAAUGAAAAGAAUAUGAAUGCUGAUGUAUUGAUGGAAUAUUAUGAUAAAAACGUUCAUAAUUACGUAGAUAUCCGAGAAAAAGAUGAUAUGGUCCACCUCAUUUACAAAUUAAGAACUCCUAAAUUUCAACAAGAAGCUUUAAUUAUGAAAGCUACCUAUAUCAAAUUGAUGAAUUAUCACAACGUUACUGGCGAGUUAUUUUAUCCUGGAAAUACAUCGGUAGCAAAUGGUAAUUUAAAUUUCAAGGAGUUCGCUAACAUGAAUGGAUUUGUAAAUGUAUCUACGCCUAUUGAAGGUUUAAACUAUACCGGAGUAAACUUUAAUACGGAAACCAACCCGUCCACAUACAAUCGUUAUGUUAAUGUAUUCUGGCCCACUAAUAAUGCACUCCUCGAUUCUAAAUGCAUUACCACAGAAGUUGAUGGUUCCGCUUUAAGCUAUCGAACAGAAGGAUUGUUGCUCUUGGAGGUUCCACUUGCUACACGACAUAUAGCUAAAGUAGAUUAUGAGUACAAUAAAAAGCCACUGAAUAGUACUGGUCAAGCGACGGCAGUCUACAACAAGGAUCCAAUAUUUGAGGCAAUCUACAAUUGUUUGUCAAAAUCUAAAGCCGGCUUUGAUAAGGAUACUGUCCAUGUAGAAGUGCAAAAUAAAUGGUUACCUGUCGGUGCCGACUACAUCCAUUCCUUCGAAUACAAUUCACCGGGAGACGGAACAAACAUGCCGACUAUGGAUGAGAAGCAUAUAAACGUAUAUCAACUGAAUAACAGGAGUGCACUUGACGUUACUGGUGAUUUGCAUAUACACACCAGAAGUUCUGGACAGGAGAUAACAGUCAUCGCUAUACAUUCUAAUCGUACUGUAAAAUUGAUUACAAACUAUGAUAUCCUUGAACAAAAAUUUAAACAAAAUUCCCGUAUGGAGCUUGGACCUACUGCAUGGAUAGCAUACGAACUGGACAUAUUGAACAAAACUAAUGAUGCGUCUUCAGAAGCUCAAGAAAUACAGAUGAACCUGUCGUAUCCGCGACGAAACUUCACGGCCGUAGGAUCGUACAACCUCAGCGAAAACGCUCUGUCUUCAGAAAUGGCUUUAGCUUGGGAUAAAGAAGUUAAAACAGUUCAAGCAGGUUUUGACUGGACGCGGGACACCAUUCAUCCGAAUCGUCAAACCGUUCUCCUUGGACUUAAACACCCUUCAUUCGAAAAGAAUAUUACUAUAUUUGGUGAAUAUGCGAAAACGGAUCGCGUUUUGGCCGAUGUGAAAAUGUCGAUUGACUAUUCGCUAGAUCCAGAAAAGAUGGUGAAGCUCUCGGCAUACGUUGCAAACAAUGCUAACCAAAGCAUGCCCUGGAAUUACACUUAUCGCUUGUGGACAGAUCAUAGAGCGACCAAUUUGAAUCUAAACGUGCAAGGAGGAAUCUUUCAUCGCCCUCGCUGGUACUACUCAAGAAAUUUAGUCGACUACAAACGUACUUACUUGCCAGUUCAGUCAGGUGAAGGCAGUGUCAGAUUAGAUUUAGACCAACACGAAUUGGAACUUAAGAGGAAAACACUACACGAAUUGUCUUAUUUAUGGGCUAAAUAUGCAGGAAAAUUCCCUCUUUACACUGCGAAUAUGUCGGCCAUUCACGGUGAAGAUAUUGAUGCUGCUGGUUCAUUCUAUCUUAAUAUAAAAGAAAAGUUACUUCUAUUUGAAGUUAAUAAAACCGCAGAUGCCAGUCAGAGUCUUCACAUGCACGGAUACAUUCCAGAUGCGCGAAGCGCCUACUUCGAUAUAUGGCGAAAUUUCGAAGAUAUACGCAUAUCUGAUGUCUCUUACUUUUUGUUAAUGAAUCACUCGAGAUUACUGGUGUCCAGUUUGCAAUGGCGUCCGGAACUGAAACAAGACUUAAAGGAUGGAAUUCGUGAAGUCAGUGUUGGAAUGUAUAAUUACACAAUGGAGAGAAGUGAGUAUUGGAGACAAUACAUUCGAUCGGAAACGGGACUUGCCAUCAGCGGUAUUUGGGAGGACUGUAAACCGCACAUCCAAUAUUUCUUAAAUGAUGUUAAGGAUUUGGUAGUUAUCGAAGAAGAUUUGGAAGAGUUGAAAGUAUUUUUGAAUAAUUCGUAUAACGCGAACGAAUUUUACAUUAAGGAUAUUACGAAUUUUAUGACAUACGUGAUCGAUGAACUAUCGAUUAGGUCACAUAUCGAGUCGUUGCCGGCUAUAGUGAAUGAAAUUUGGGAUGUUAUGGGUGAAUCUGGAAAGAAAAUACAGAAAGGAAUCGUGUGGGUCAUAGAAAAGAUUAAGGGUUAUUACAAGAAUGCAGCAGAAUUUGUCAAUGGAAUUUUCCAAGGAGACUCGCUCGGACACUUCUCUGAAGCUCUAAAAGAAUUAGUUGAAAAGUACGAUACGUUUAUUAAAGACAUGCAUGUUGCGUUCAUACGCUACAUGGAGCAAUUGUGGAAACAAACGCACAAAAUGAUUCUAGACAAUUGGCACAAAACGUUGGUUGCUAUCGAACCAACGUUUAUCAAGAUGAUCCAUUAUUUAGAGACAAUUGCUUGGAACGCAAGUAAAGAAUUUUUAGACUUUAUUUAUAUUCGUAAAAGCGAGAUAAUCGAGAACCCUUACUACGGUAUGAUUUCGAACUUGACCCAUGACAUGGGCAUCUUCUAUAAGGAAAUGACGGGCAACGAUACAAUUGGUGCAACUUACAAGUACACAAAGGUCGCUUGGAAGUUCGUCAAAGAAAAAUAUUUUAAACUCGUACCGUUUGGCCAGGAAUUGCAGGAUAUUAUUGAUGAAAUCACCAACGAAGUCUCAGAAUUGAAGAACAUGCCAUCUAUUCGUUAUGUUCUGGAUCGAUACAAUAAAAUUGAAGAACGCGUCACAUGGUUUUACGAUUAUUUUGAUAUAGAAGGCAAAGUUCAUCGACUCAUAACUCUAAUCCACCUAAAAGUGACCGACAUGAAGCAGACCGCCUUGCAAGCGGAGAAUAAAUACCGCGAAGCAAAGACGAAAUUUAUUUUCGAACCGGCGGAAGGAAUUAUGCACUUGGAGCAAAAGUUACCAAUGUCGUGGCAUGCUUUCAACGAAACACCGAACUUUGAAGAAAUACCCGAGUAUAAGACCUUCGCAGACUUGCAAGGUUACUUCACAACUUCCAAGAUGACAUUCUCUAAUUUCUAUCAUGAUUACAAACCAUUCAUCGAUCCUUCAGAUUGGUUACCACCCUUCAAAGCUCAAGCCAUGUUGGUCGGUUCUCAAUAUUACGUAACAUUCGAUCGACAAGUUUACAACUUCGAUGGGGAUUGCACGUACCUUUUAGCGUCUGACUUCUUGGAUAGAAACUUCUCCAUUGCUGUUUCAUAUAAAAACAACAAAAAAGUAAAAACCAAUGAGUUGUUAGUGGUCGUACAUGACACCGUUAUCCGCAUUGAUACAUUCGCUAACAAUAUUCAAAUCGGCAAUGAUAAGGCAACAACACGUUUACCAUACCAGAUUGGAGAUACGUCAUUGUAUCAGGAAGCGGAGAUCUUUAAGCUUGAAAGCAAAAUGGGUUUCGAGUUGCAAUGCAACAUGAAAUUUAAUGUUUGUGCGUUCGAGGUUUCGGGAUGGUACUUUGGAAAAACUGCCGGUCUUUGGGGAACUAUGAACAACGAACCAUUCGAUGAUCUUUCCGCGCCAAAUAAAAAGAUAUUGGAUGAUGUACAGCAGUUCGGUCAGAGUUGGUCGUUAGAUCAAAACUGUCCAACAAAGACAAGAGAUCUCGCAGUUUCUUCUGUUGUUCGUAAACAGACGCAAUAUUUAAGGACCAUGUGUUACUCGUUCUUUAACAGUACAGUCUCUCCAUUUUCAACUUGCUUCCAUAGAGUCGAUAAUAUACCAUUCUACGAAAUGUGUUUGAAGAGUCACAACGAAGAGGAAGCUUGCUCCUCAGCCAUCGCAUACAUGAAACUUUGUUCUUAUAUUAAUACUCCCCUUAGAAUACCAGAUGCAUGUGUCAAAUGCAGUAUGCUCAAUGGAAGUAUUGUAGCCGAAGGCGAAUUUGUGUCUCUGGAUGCUGCCUCAGUUCCGCAAUCGGCUGAUAUUGUUUUCAUAAUUGAAGCUAAAGACUGCAACAAAGAUGUGCGGCAAAGAAAGAAAUUGGAUGAAAUUGUGCAACAAUUGAACCGCGAACUAAAUGUACACGGAGUCAGAGACAAUAGAUAUUCAGUGGUACUUUUUGGAGGUGACGGAGUUUAUAAUAAGCCGAGGAGUGUCGUAAUCAACAGCAACGUAUUUACCGAGCAUCACUUUAUCUCAUCCUACUUUGAUCACAUACCAAUCGGCAAUGGCAGUUUGGACAUCUACGCGGCAAUCUCAUACUCUGCAAAAUUGAUAUUCAGACCUGGGGUAUCGAAGACCUUUGUUCUAUUACCAUGCACAAGUUGUCAAGAAUCGAAUAUGAAGCUGGAUUACGCGAUAUUGCACCAAUUGCUAUUGGAAAAUGAUAUAACACUGCACAUAUUAAUGAAUGAAGAGUUCCAAUUGAAAAAGACACGAGUGAAUAAAAACUUGUUCGGAUUGGACAGAACUUUGGCAUACACAAAGAAAGAUGCAGACGAGUUACGGGGUGAUGCUACAUUAAGAAAAUCAGUGCAACUUCCAAAGUCUACUUUAGGAUAUUGUACUCCACUGGCGCUGGAAACUAAUGGUACCGUAUUCAGUGGCAAAAAGUUAGAGACAGAAAAGUUAAAGUCGGCAAAGAAAAUUGCAACAGUUUUUGCAAAAAGGGUCGCUCGUACUGCUGUCCCGAGCACUUGCAAAACUUGCGAAUGCACCGGUCAUAAUACUGGUGUCUCCUACAUGGAGUGCUUACCCUGCACAUACCCGACGCCUGUUACAAUAGAUUAUGGUUUCGAUGAAGAUGAGAUGUUAUCUAUUUUGCAGCCCGGUGAAGAUGAUUUGUUCGAUUACACGGACUGAUCAAUCAUUUCUUAUGUACUUCAAUGAUAAUUAGAUCGUAAAUAACUACUUUAAUUUAUUCUUUAUUUAUUUAGUGAACUGUCAAAAGCUAUGUGAGCUAUGUUUCGAUGCGUCUCCUAAGACUAAAAUUAUUUUACAUAAAGCAGUAUGGGGUAGACUAAAUUGUCACAAUAAUAUUAAUCGAAACAAAUUGCAAAAACAAG